GGCAGGUUUAUAUCGGCGGAGGGUCAGCUGACGUUCUGCAUUGCAGACUGCGGGUUCGCUUAGCGCCAUGUACGCGCUCUUGGUUCUGGCCAGCCUCCUGGGCGUGGCUCUGGGCAGCCCUGCCCUCGGCCUGAAAGAAUGCACCAAGGGCUCCGCUGUGUGGUGCCAGGACAUCAAGACGGCCUCUGACUGUGGCGCCGUGAGGCACUGCCUGCAGACCGUGUGGAACAAGCCCACAGUGAAAUCCCUCCCCUGUGACAUAUGCAAAGAUGUCGUCGUGGAAGCUGGCAAGCUCCUGAAAGAGAGCGGUGCUGAGGAGAAGAUCACGGGAAACUUGGAGAAGGUCUGCGAGUGGCUUCCUAAUGCGAACUUAACUAACUCCUGUAAGACCAUAGUGGACAGCUACUUACCGGUCAUCCUGGACAUUAUCAAAGGAGAAACGAGUCGACCAGAGGAGGUGUGCUCUGCCCUCAAGCUCUGCCAGUCUCUCCAGAAGCACCUGGCUGAGCUCCAGCACCAGAAACAGCUUGAGUCCAACAAGAUCCCAGAACUGGACACGUCUGAGGUGGUGGCACCCUUCAUGGCCAACAUCCCUCUCCUCCUCUACCCUCAGGAGGGCUCACCCAGCAAGCCCCAGCCCCAGGCCAACGGGGACGUGUGUGAAGACUGCGUUCAGCUGGUGAGUGACGUCCAGAACGCCGUCAGGACCAACUCCUCCUUCAUCAGCGCCCUGGUGGAGCAUUUCAAGGAGGAGUGUGACCGCCUGGGGCCUGGCAUGUCCGACAUGUGCAAGAACUACAUCAGCCAGUAUUCGGAAGUCGCUGUCCAGCUGGUGAUGCACAUGCAGGAUCAGCAACCCAGGGACAUCUGUGAGCUGGCGGGAUUCUGUGACAAGGUGCAACAGGUGCCCAUGCAGACUCUGGUUCCUGCUAAGGUGGCCGCGGAGAACAUCAUCCCUGCCCUGGAACUGGUGAAGCCCAUGAAGGAGGAGCUGGCCCCGGAGAAGGCCAAGGUCUACUGCGAAGUGUGCGAGUAUGUGGUGAAGGAGGUGGUCAAGCUCAUGGACAACAACAGAACUGAGAAAGAGAUACUCCAUGCUUUGGAUAGUGUGUGCUCCAAGCUGCCCACCUCCAUGUCCGAAGAGUGCCAAGAGCUAGUGGACACCUACGGCUCCUCCAUCCUGUCCAUCCUGCAGGAGGCCAGUCCUGAGCUGGUAUGCAGCUUGCUCCACCUCUGCUCCAACAAAAGGCUGCCAGCCAUGACCGCCCACGUGACUCAUUUGAAGGAUGGGGGCUUCUGUGAGGUGUGCAAGAAGCUGGUAAACUACUUGGACAAAAACCUGGAGAAGAACAGUACAAAGCAGGAGAUCCUGGCUGCACUGCAGAAGGGCUGUAGCUUCCUGCCAGAGCCUUACCAGAAUCAGUGUGAUCAGUUUGUGGCCCAGUACGAGCCUGUGCUGAUUGAGAUCCUAGUGGAGGUGAUGGACCCCGCCCUCGUGUGCACGAAGGUGGGAGCCUGCCCCACAGCCCACAAGCCUCUUUUGGGCACCGAAAAAUGUGUCUGGGGCCCGAGCUACUGGUGCCAGAACAUGGAGACUGCCUCCCAGUGCAACGCUGUGGAGCACUGCAAGCGCCACGUGUGGAACUAGAGGGAGCCUCUGCCCAGAGAGCGCAGCGUCCUCCACUCAAGAACGCACGGCUGCGGACAGCGGUUUAACAACGGGUUCUGCUUCUCAAGUCCUUGGUUGUAACAUUACUGUCG